UGUUGGCUGGCUAGGUGGCCGUCUGUAUUGAGCUAUUUUUUGAGGGUGCGGGCCGUUCUUGCUGCAGACAGGCAGGCUGGCGGGCGCUGGUCUAGGUUGAGAACGACUGGCCAAUCGACGGGUGAACAUAGUCGACUGGUGCUUCCCACAAUUGCCGUCGCAGUAACAGCGGUACGAAAACACGCGACAUCUAUUUGUGUAUAUUCUAUAUAGAUGUACGGCGCUGGUGGACAAUGGUCAUGAUGAAACUAUGGCUGUCGAUAAUAGUGGCGCAGGCUUACAGAGGUUGCGGCAAGUGACGUGAGUGAGAUAAAAAAAAACCUACAGGCGCAGGCUGAGGGCAGGUCGCGCCCGUCGAACAAUAGCCGAUCUGUUUAUUUUACAAACGAGUGAGUCGCCAUAAUUAUCAGUCUUGUUGGGUUGUACCCUGCUGCGUCUCCGACACAUCGCAAUCCGCAAAAUCCAAAAACCGCGGUCCUAAAGGCGGGUCUCUCUGCGUUGAUCUUGGCUACUCCGCUGGCGCAGCCCUUUGUCGAAAGGUCCCUUCAAGUGCGACACGACUUCUGCUUUAGUCUAGCGCUGCUGCGGGAGCGGGCCGGGUUGAGUUGUAUCGGGCCACCUUUUGUCUGCAAGAGACACUGCUCCAGCGCAUAGUCUGGAUGGGUGAACGUGGAUGCUUGGACAUCGAGAUCACGUCUAUCUGGUACGACGACAAAAACGAUUUGCCAACAUUGACUGAAUCUGUAUUUCUAUAUUGUGACAGUGCCGUUAAUAUUACCUAUUAGAGCAAGACUGUUUACUUAGUUGGCCUUUAAGAGUACGCUGACACAAACACGCGCAUCAAGAGACACCACUGUGAUCGCGCUUCGUAACCUUCUCUACGAAUCAUUGAACGUGUGCAGGUGGCCUCGCGCUUCUCCCAUUCAAAACAAAUAAAGUACAUUGAGAUUUUCCUCGACUCGAUUGAGGAGAAAUGUUUCGUUUGCUACGCGGAUAGCGCAAAGUUACACUGCUGGAGCAUUUCCAGUUGAUUUCAAGUUUUUCUAUGGUUUGUUGCAUUCGUCCUGUAGGUUACAGGGAAUAAGUGCAAAAGGGACUGUGGGGAAAACUGAAUUUCAUUCUAUUCUAUCGAAUUGAACAGUUCUCUACGUAUCUAAAUACAGAGGACGUUCGAGAAAUUCUGCAUAUAAUUGUGCUGUUUUGUGCGUUCUGCGCAGCUGUUAUCGAAUGAGUCACCACAACAAAGUUCUCUUCAUCAAUAAAUCAGUCUAUCAACAUACGGAAGUAAAGUCCCCGUUCGUGAAAUUCUGUGUUUGUUUGUAUGCUGUUAAUGACUGAGUGAGUCUAGUUCAUUCUGCUCAUUCAAUAGUGUCCAGAUUGGUCAUGUGUACCGGGGUGCCCCAUAAUCGUCGACAAAGACACCGACCAUCAGCGUGAAUCAGUGGCGGUCCAUGGGAGUUUGUGUAGCGCGCGUACGUUCAUCGUGCCGUAGAUAGCCCGGAACCCGUCGAUACCAAUCGCUCCGACGCUCCACAGCGCCAUACACCAUGCAGCAGGAUCCUGGCUGUGGCAAGUGAGUGAGUCGACGAAAGUCGGCAAAAGAUCUAGCAGCAAGAUCAAGAAGCCGCGUGCAUUGUGCUGCCGUCGACCUGGUACGUCUUUUGCCUGUUGAGUUGCGAAUAUACAUGCGCCUAUAGCCGGUGCAAUCACUCGCUGGCCCGAGCGUCCCACGCGCGUCCCCGGUGUUUGUGUGGCUGGUUUUUGGUUCCUCUGGGUCGGUUCACCGUCGCUGCAGGCCACUCACUAGUGACUCGGCCAAAAGUGCGACGUAACGGCAACAACGACAGAAGUCUUUUGAUUGCUCUGUAUUCUUGUUGCCGUAGACUGCUGACGUAUCUUGUAUGACGACGGUUUGACGCCCAGUUUGUUCAGAUGCUUCUGCUGCGAUUCAUGCAGUAGUUGUCGAUGUCGGUAUUGUCAUGCUACAGCUGCUGCCAGCCACGGAAAAGUAGCUGUAGUUGUUGUGGAGCUACUCCAAAUACGCUCCCGUAAAAGUGGCAAAACUCAUAGCGAAAAGUAUGAAAGUGCUUGUCUACGGGCAGCAGGAACUGUCGUAGAAUGUGCAACGCUUAAGAGAAACAAGCUGCAAUAGCUUAAGAGACAUUUUAUUUACGAUAAACUCUUGCGAGAACUAACGCGUCUACAGGGCGUUGCAGAGACGAGCAGCGACACUGUUCUUCGCGACAUCAACAAGAAGAGCAUUAGUAGAAGCCGCAACACAAACCAGCCCAGCAGUCCAUCGACGACGACCGUAAGACAGCCACACUACCCGCCCAUCCCAAGCACAAAAGCGGGGUGCCGUGGUCCAGGGCAAUAGUGAUCCUUGUUAAGGUGAAAAAUAAAUUUGUGUCUAAGCUCUAACCGCCAGAGCAGGAUCGCGCGGGCUGUACAGAAGUGUAAGGAGAUUGAAUAGACAAAAAUCACAGAUAACUAAAGGAAGGCGCAAGCAAUGAAGUUAGUUUAAAAAAGAACGAAGAUUAGUGCGGUGCAUGCGUGACAACCGCACCAUAAACAAGUUUGAAAUCUAUUUCGCGUGACUCGUCCUGUCGAAAAUAGCACAAACGCCUGUGGAAGUCAGAAGUGGAAACAGUUUUCGACCAGUGGGUCAAUCAAAACCUGUCAACGCCAUCUUUCAGUGUCAUUACAGAAAGCUGUUACACACUACCAGCAAACAAGUUUGGUUGACAUCAACGUUAACAAGAACAUCUAACUCCAUCAGUCGAUUAACAGUGACAGUAACUGCAUAGGGGCACCCCUGUUGUGCGUCACUGACUGAUCUUCUGAACGAAAAUAGUUUGGCUGGGAGGUCAAAAUCAUGGAGCGAGUUGAAGGAAACAAGUAACCCGCAGGGAAAAAAGUGCACAACAUCGGCCUGUUAAUAUCUUCGUUUGUUUCCCGUAGCUUGCACAUGAACUCCUUGCGGGCCUAACAUGCCUUAGGGGCAGUGAUGUGAGUGCGUUUCCGUUACACCUAAGGGCAUAACGAACGCGGUAAAACGACUCAAAAUUCAGUGGUGCAAUCUCGUCAUUUGACGCUCAGUAGCUGUAAACGAUGGAGGCUGGAGGCGGUGUCCUCGAUUCUUGGAUUGCUCAGAUGGGCAAACAGGACAUUCGGCUCAAGCUGAAAAUUGGCGAAGAUCUUCUGACGUGGAUAGAAGAUAAAACCCACUCAUUACACGGGGAAGAUAUCGGCGCCCUUAUUGACGGGCUUAUUAGUUGGUUGGGCAGCAGCAAUUCGAAGAUACAACAAAAUGGUCUAGAGGUCCUCUCUCGAGUUGUAGUGCGACUGCGAGAGGAUUUUAGGCCGUACAUUUCUUCGGUUCUGCCCGCCUGUACCGACCGGAUGGGUGAUGCUAAAGAGAUCAUCCGAGACACGAAUGCAGACCUGCUUAACAAAAUGAUGGAGGUGACAUCACCACAAUAUAUUUUGGAUCGACUAACGAACGCAUAUACUCAUAAAAACUUCCGAGUUCGGGAAGAAAUUUUGUUGCUUAUGCAGGAUACUGUGAUGAGGUAUACGGCUUCGUGUCUCACGUUAUCUAAGUUUAUUCCGUCAAUCUGCAAACUUAUGGACGACCCCAACGCGCAGGUUCGCGAUACAGCUAUGACGACGCUGGUAGUUAUUUAUAAAUACGUCGGUGACCGCCUGCGACACGAUUUACAGAAGAAAUACGCCAUUCAACCGAAUAAACUGCAAGCGCUUAUGGAGCGUUUUGAUAAGGCUGUCGAAAAUGGCGAAAUGCUCGUGCCUUACAAUCAAGAUGGUGAUGAACUAGAUCGCGCUGUUCCCAAACAGAAACCUCCAGUUUCAGCCAAAAAGCCGGCAAUAGCUUCCAAACCAAGCUCGGCAACUGGUGGCGGCGGAACACUUGGCCGAAAUACCGGGACACGCGUGGGGGCCAUUUCCGCAUCGGCGUCCGCCGGCGCUGUGGACGAGGAAUCUUUUGCAGAAGUCUUCCUUGAUGUCCCGCGUAUUUCGGUGUUUUCCGCACGUGAGUUGGAGCAACAGCUGUCGAACAUUCGAGCGACGAUCUCGAACGCCGACGCCGACUGGGACAAACGGCUCAAUGCGCUCAAACUCAUUCGGAGUUUGGUCGUGGCCGGGGCAAAAGACUACGAUGAGUUUCUGCCUGCUCUCAGAACGCUGGAAAUCCCCGUUCAGAGCUGCGUGAAGGAUCUCCGGUCCCAAAUUGUGCGGGAGGCGUGCAUUACAAUAUCCUACCUCUGCGUCCAGCUGAAUACGAAAAUGGAUCGGUUUUGCGAGAUAUUAUUGCCUUCUCUUAUUCUGCUUUUGGGAGCGAGCGUCAAGGUAAUGUCAACAUCAGCCGUUGUUUGUAUCCGGUUCAUUGUUAAACACGUCCCUUCACAGCGGCUAGUUCCGAUUUUUAUUCAUAAUCUGUCUUCGAAGAAUCGCGAUCUCCGACGGCACUGUUUCGAAUUUCUCAAUGAAAUGCUUGUGCUGUGGCCCACGUUUACUCUUGAGCGGCAUAUAGCCAUACUUCAGCAGGCAAUUAAAGCUGGUCUAUCGGACGCAGAUCAGGAGGCCAGAUCACAUUCAAGGAAAGCUUUUUGGGCGUUUGCGGAACACUUCAAAGCGCAGGCUGAUUCGCUUUUGUUUUCGCUCGACUCAAGCAAACAAAAAAUGCUCCACGGCGAACUUGGGGGAGGUGGUAUGUCCAAUUCGUCAUCAUCGUCCUCUUUAAACAAUUUGGGUCGGGGGACCCGUUCGGCUUAUGGUAACUCCAUGGAAUCUCUUCGACAUGGCGCGUCAGCCGGUGUAGGCAGUACAUCUUCGCGCUCGCAUCUGGCUUCGACCUCCAGGCUUCCCCAGGCCGUGGGUUCGGUCCAACAACGCAGAGCCAACUCCGCCAUCGAUAUGGCCGCUGCUAAGUCCUCGAGGCUCAAGGCCCUCUCGAAAACACCAUCAACAGCAUAUGGAUACGGGUGCACUUCACCUUAUGCCACGCCGGGGACAGGAUUGUCGCUGCCGAGGUCGACGGCAAAGGCAUCUCGCGCAGAGUCCGUUUGUUCAGCGGUUACUUCGCCUGAAAGGACACCGCAACAGAGCCGAGGACGUCAGGUCUCUCAGUCGCAACCAAAUUCGCGGUCGGCGUCACCAUCGUCUCGAUGGAGUUAUGCGACCUACGGCGGCGGACCGGGGGGUGUCGUAGGAGCCGACGGCCAACGGAGAGCCGCUUCCAGGUCACGAAUCCCUAUGCCGACCUCCAGGGAUCCUUCUCCAUCAAGAUCUGUAGGUUCACAAUCAUCAUCCUCCGUACUGAGCGACAGUCAACGCCGUCGACGAAGUUCCCUUUCAAGGUACGGCAGGAGUGAGGCCGUCACUAUCGUCCCAUCGACGCCGACGGCAGCCGAGAAAUUGUUGCGAAAUUCCCGAGAAGCUGAGGAGCGAAUGGCGGAAGCGUUAGGGUCGACUGCGAUCCGAACGCCGUUGUCCUCAUAUGGGCGUCAGUCGUCCUUCGGACUAUUACACCGAGAAGACAGCGACGCCUCUUCAAUUGCAUCCGACAGAUCGUUCCAACAUGAAGAUGUACCCGAGAUUCUCGCGAACCUCGCCUCAGUUCAUUGGUCCGAUCGCAAGGAUGGACUGGCGGGCCUGUUGUGCCUUCUACGUAACCAGUCCCACGCGUUAAGUGAUCCUGAUCUUCAGAAGGUCACCCAAACCCUUACAAAAAUGUUCAUGGAUCCUCAUACCAAGGUAUUUUCGCUGUUUCUGGAUACGUUGAACGAGCUGAUAACAGUGCAUUCAAGCGAUCUGCAUCGCAUCGGAUUCUUGAGUGUUCUUCUGACAAAGUUAUUUAUAAAGAGUGGUCAGGACCUGUUGGGGUCCGUGGUAGCCAAAAUUGGCCGCACAAUGGAUCUCAUUCGGGCUUCAUUUCCUCGGCACGAUCAAUUCACUGUCAUCACUCGAUUUCUCAACGACCCCGCCCAUUCUUCCAGCUCAGCCAAGGUAAAACUAGGCGUACUGAGCUACCUCGAAGCACUUACUUCACUAAUGGAUUCAACGGAACUGCCAGCACACGAUCCAAACCUUCGGGACACCCUCCUCAAGAUUACGGCUUGGGCUGGUGAUUCCCGUCACCCUGAACUUCAACAACGGGCCCGACAAGUAAUUGUAUCGUUGUACCGGGUGAAAACGCCCUAUUUCUCGACAGUCAUCACCCAGAUGGCACCGGAGUUUCAGCGGACAGCUCUUGACGUCAUCCAAAAUCAGCUGAAAAUUGCUGGCCAACAGGGCGGAACGCUCAAUAACCACUCAACGUCUCCAAAGCCAUAUACCGGACUUGACGGCACCGGAUCAGUGCCGUUGUCACCAUUAAGUGGGCCCCGAUCACGGCUGGGAUCUGCCCAUCAAAGUCCAAGCCCGCAACGGUCAUUUGAAGACGAAAAUACCGAAAACUUCCGAGCGAAUCCCACUACCCAGCUCAAGCUCAUGCAGGCCAUCUACCGCGAGCAGCACCAUCAAAGCUCUGGCGGUGGGGGAAGUAGUAGGCCAAAAUCAAUUGACGAUGAUGCUGACAGUUAUAAGACCCGGUUCAGCCAGGGCUCAUCCUCGUCGCCGAAAGCGGCCACGCCUCAACAAUCGUUGGAAUUGGAGAGUGUGUCUGUCGCGUCAGGAAUAUCGGCAGGGUCCACAGCGGCAAAGAGCUCUGCCUCUGAGAGACUCGCUCAUUGUGUUCAAUUGCUCUCGUCACCAAUGAACUCAGCUGAACAGAAGCGGUCUGCCCUUGCGGAACUCCACAUCCUCAUCAAGGAACCAUCACUAUGGGAGUCGGACACACAGUUUCGUGCGGUGUGGCAUGCGCUCUUGGUCAACUUGGCGGAUGAGGGAGGUCGUGAAGGCAUUCGAGCACCGGCCCUUCGAGGUUUGGCUGAGCUCGUUCGUCGUCGACCCAAGCAUGCGCAAUCAUCUCAAAUGGCCCAGUCCGCACUCGAAGCGAUUAUUCGAGUCAAUAAUGAUAAAGACAAGGACGUUGUGAAGCUAGCAGACGACGCGGUGUGCGCACUGGUAACAUCAGUCGAGGCUACGGCGAUGGCUCAGGCCUGCGCGGCUUGCGUGGCCUCGGCUCUUGUUGGUGGUCCUGGAUGUGGAGAUCCCGGUCUGACCGGAAUCACUGCAGAAUCGUGGGCCAUCUGUGCAGCGAUCAAGGCGGUAACGCGCUUAGCCGAGGUGCUUGAUGCUUCAGCGGCAAAGCCCCAACUGGCAGUUCUCGGCCCUGAGCUGAUCCGUGCUUACAAUCAUCCCGAGUCAUCAGUUCGUAAGGCUGCCGUAUUUGCGCUUGUCGGGCUUCAUCAGCGAGUUGGUGCUGACGCAAUGCACCCCUACGUCAGCCAUCUUCCCGGAUGCAAGCUACGCUUACUAAAUCUUUACAUUGAGCGUGCAGCUCAGCAAACAAAUGGUCAACCCCGGGGCGAAUCAUCACCGUCGCCUUCGAGUUGUAGCAACGCCUCAAACCUCUAGAAGCACCUUGGCCUUUGACGAGGAAGAAAAUGAAGAUGAACAUUCUCCUCUCGACGUUGCAAAAAUAAAAGCCAUUGACUGCAAAAUCUGAUGACACUCACCACAAUACACUAUUAAUCUUUGUCGUUUACCGCUUUUGCGCCUAUCUACAGUAAAUUCACCAGUACCUUCAAUGUUUGCUAUCGGGGUGGAUUGUUACAGAAAACUUAAGUCGAUUGUGGACGAUAUAACUUGUACUCGCUAGCUCUACCAUUUGCUUCUUUCACAACUUCCUUUGUCUUCAAAUCAUAUUUAUAGUAGCUAAUUCCUGCGAGAAUAUUUUCGGUCCGGUCCAAGCGAACAUAUCCAUAAAAGUAAAAAGAAAGACGGGAACUUAAAGAGGUCUACCAGUUUUGACGCAGCUGACAGCAGAAAUUACGACAAAGCGAGCAACGUCAAUAUGAGACUGACGAUGUCUAGAGAAUACGAAAAUGUUGAGCAAAUGUUAUAUACCUAUGCUUGCAUUGAAGGACUAAUUACAAGAACGACGGCUCAUUCUAUCGAAUUUUAUUAUGACAAAGUACAUGAGCGUAAUUGAGGCAUCUCAGUGAAGCUUCCCUAUCGCUAGGUACAAUAGGCGGUAAGGGGUGCAGUGUAUAUGCAGUGACUAUUAAUAUUUUUAGUAUUAUUAUGAAUAGAAUUAGUAUGUCUUGUAGAUGCAUGUUAUUAUCUAUAAAAUGAAUCAAUUGCCGAUAGCGGUCGUAUGUUUGUUACAAUAUAAUAAGCUGCUUGUGUAGAGGCAAGAGGAAAGAUGAAAAGGAUUUACAUGUAAUGAAUAACCAGCUUUCUGACCAACGGCCAUCAGUUGGCCACUGUAAUGCAAGGCUACUGGUCGCCGUAUAUGUAGCUGAAAUAAAGCAGGACAAUUCUAGCCUAUAUGGUAGAAAAGAUAUGUGAAAAGACUAGAAUGGGGAAUGGGAUGACUUUUAUUGUUUUUGCUGAGAAAAUAUAAGGCAAAUGUUCAAUCAUCACAAAAUUGGAAAAUGGAAAGAUCGGUUAAAGAAAGCGAAAGAUGAAUCAUAUACGGACUUUGUAAGGGGAAUGGGCACAGGGUCUCCUUGGCGCAAAACAGGGCAAUAUAUCGUAUUCCAUGAGAAUUUCAAAGCGAACACAAGCCUGCAUCAAUUUCGUGAGAGCUAAGAAAUUGAGACACGACCAAUAGUAACUGAGAUGCAACGUAAAGAUUACGACAGGUAUUGUAGAAAUAAAGAGUUCAACCAUCACUCGGGA